AUGGAGAAAAACGAAGAAACUCCUCUCUUCUGGUUCGAAACCUCCAACUCCGUCUGUAGCCGCCACCAAUUUCAACCCGACGGUCAACUUUCAGUGAUUCUCGUUGAUGAUUCUAGACCCUUGUAUCAAAAGGUUGCUGGUUCUUUCAUGAACAAGUUUUUCCCCUCUGGUUAUCCAUACAGUGUGAAUGAAGGAUAUCUUAGAUACACGCAGUUUCGAGCAGUGCAACAUGUUACUAGUGCUGCAAUGUCAGUGCUAUCAACUCAGUCACUGCUAAUUGCUGCAGGGUUGCGGCCGACUCCUGCUCAGGCAACUGCUGUUAGCUGGAUUUUAAAGGAUGGAAUGCAACAUGUAGGGAAGAUAAUAUGUAGUAAUUGGGGCGCAAGAAUGGAUUCUGAGCCUAAACGAUGGAGGUUGCUGGCUGACGUGCUUUAUGAUUUGGGCAUGGGCUUGGAAGUGCUUUCUCCAUUAUGCCCACAUCUUUUUCUUGAAAUGGCAGGCCUAGGAAAUUUCGCCAAGGGGAUGGCUGUUGUUGCAGCCAGAGCAACACGAUUGCCUAUAUAUUCCUCGUUUGCUAAAGAGGGGAAUCUCAGUGACCUAUUUGCUAAAGGGGAGGCUUUUUCAACUCUCUGUAAUGUUGUGGGAAUUGGAAUAGGAAUUCGAUUAGCUUCUACUAUCUGUGCAUCAAUGCAGGGAAAGUUGGUCAUUUGUCCUCUCCUUUCAGCUAUACAUAUAUACUCAGUGUCUGAAGAGAUGAGAGCUACUCCUAUCAAUACUUUGAAUCCACAAAGAACUGCAAUGAUAGUGACUGAUUUUCUCAAGGCAGGAAUCGUAUCAAGCCCUGCUGACCUUAGAUAUAAGGAAAAUUUACUUUUUCCUGUGAGACUCAAAGAUGCUGGGAAUGUAAGAGUCGGAAAGUCUUUACACGAGGUUAUUAAGCCAUCGAAGCUUGUUGAAUUAAAACAAGUAUUCCCUGAGGAGAAGUUUCUUUUAAAUCGUGGGGGGAUAUGCAUUGACAUGGUAUUGAAACAAGAUGCUAGUGGUGAAGAUGCAUUGAGAGGCUGGCUAGUUGCUGCAUUUGCUGCACAAAUUGAGAGUUCUUCCCAUGAGCUUAGUGUUGGUGUUUUGCAAGACGCCUAUGACAAAAUGAAUGGAGUCUUUCCUGUAUUUUUAAAAGAAUUACAGAACAAAGGGUGGCACACUGAUCGUUUUCUGGAUGGAACCGGUAGCCGCUUCACAUUUUAG